UCUCUCCCCUCUCUAAACCUGCAAUAAACUCUCUCUCUCUCUCUCCCCUCUCUCUCUCUCUCUAAGAACAAUCCGACCCAUUUCGAAUCAAUUCUGCAAACAUCUAUUGCUAUAAAUCAUUUACACACAACAGUCACCAACUGUAUGAAUAAUAAUAAUAUCUUUAGCUUUCUAUAAAAAUCGGCAUGGGUUGUUUCCCUUGUGCCGGUGGAGACUCUUCAACCAAAAAAUCAUCCAAGAACAAGCGAAUCGAAAACACCCACAACGAUCAAUCGAACACAAAAGCUUCUGAUACAAUAAAAGUCGAACAACGUAAUGAAGUGAAGAAGGAAAAUGCACCAAAUGUUAUACAAACAUCGGUUUCCAAUGAAGUUGUCGAGAAGAAUAAGCCCUCUCCAGAGCAAAGUUCUAGUCCUAUGAACAAAGCGAGAACGUUUACAUACGCGCAAUUAGUGAAGGCAACCGAUAAUUUCAAAGGGGCUUAUUUCUUGGGUGAGGGUGGAUUUGGCAAAGUUUAUAAAGGAAAAUUGGAAGAUUCUGAUCAGAUUGUGGCUAUAAAACAACUGGAUCCAGACGGGUUGCAAGGGAUUCGGGAAUUUGUCGUUGAAGUUUUGACGUUAGGCCUGGCAGAUCAUCCGAAUCUUGUGAAGUUAAUCGGUUAUUGUGCCGAAGGAGAACAACGAUUAUUGGUCUAUGAGUAUAUGCCGUUAGGUUCUUUAGAAGACCAUUUACAUGGUUAUCGGGCCAACAGUAAACGGCUCGAUUGGAACACGAGGAUGAAAAUAGCAGCCGGUGCAGCAAGAGGGUUAGAGUAUUUGCACGAUAAAAUGAACCCACCGGUCAUAUAUCGGGACUUGAAGGGUUCAAAUAUUUUGUUAGGUGAGGAUUAUCAUGCCAAAUUAUCAGAUUUCGGGUUGGCAAAAGUGGGCCCACUUGGAGAUAAAACUCAUGUUUCCACUCGAGUUAUGGGCACUUACGGGUAUUGUGCGCCUGAUUAUGCAAUGACGGGUCAACUCACUUUCAAAUCGGAUAUAUAUAGCUUUGGGGUGGUGCUGUUGGAGCUCAUUACGGGUCGAAAAGCAAUUGAUAAUACAAGAUCUGCAGCAGAGCAAAAUCUUGUUGCGUGGGCGCGACCGUUGUUUAAAGAUAGACGAAAAUUUUGGCAAAUGGCGGACCCGGUGCUAGAAGGUGAGUAUCCGGUACGAGGAUUAUAUCAAGCACUAGCAAUUGCUGCAAUGUGUGUUCAAGAACAACCAAAUAUGAGACCACUAAUUGCUGAUGUGGUUACUGCUCUCAACUAUCUUGCUUCACAAAAAUAUGAUCCCUCGGUUAACCCUGUUCAAACGUCUAGAAGGUCUUCUCAUCGUCAACAACGAUCAGUUGAUGAAAAGAAACCCGACACGUGAAGAUGGGAGGGUAGUUUUGUCUUUUGUGUUUUGUUUAUACGAAAAGGGCGUUCGGGUUUUUUAGCAUCGAAACGAAAUGGUAACGAAACUGUUGACAUUGUUUUGUUGGUGUAGGAUAGAAAAGGUUUAAAGGAAUAAUGAUACCAUCCAUAUAUAUGAUAUAUAAUAUAUAUAUAUUUUUUUUUCUGUUAAAUAAAAUAUUACAAAAUUUAAGA